UAAUUUAUUUAACAGGGAGAAAGAUUGGUGGAAGAAAGAAGAGAAAUCAAAGGUUGAAGAAGAAAGAAAAAAUUGUUUUGUGCAGAAGAAUAAAAUAAAGGUCGAAAAAUUGUGAAGAAGAAGAAGAGACAGACCACAAGGAUGCAAGUUGUGGUGCUGAAUACUCAAUCCUGCUGCAGAGCCCCACAACUUCCUUCAUCUUCUCGUUCCUUCGUAUCAAAAAAGGGAACCAGGUUUUUCGGUGGGCAUGCUUCUUUCAGGAGGAAGGGCAACGUUUUGCGUUCUUCCUUUCGGAUUCAUUUAUCGCGCUCUACACGUAGCCUUGCAGUAAAGUGUGUUGCUACUCCGAAUCCAGCUGUGGAACUGCCAUUAACUGCUGAAAAUGUAGAAAGUGUAUUGGAUGAAAUUCGACCGUAUCUCAUUGCAGAUGGUGGAAAUGUGGCUUUACAUGAAAUUGAUGGCAAUGUUGUGCGGUUGAAGCUACAGGGAGCAUGUGGUUCGUGUCCAAGCUCUGUUACAACAAUGAAAUUGGGCAUUGAGCGUCGACUGAUGGAGAAGAUCCCUGAAAUAGUGGCGGUUGAACCGAUAGCUGAUGAAGAAACUGGUCUUGAACUAAAUGAAGAAAACAUAGAGAAGGUUCUUGAGGAAAUAAGGCCCUACUUGGUCGGGGCUGCUGAUGGAACUCUUGAGUUGGUGGCUAUUGAUGAGCCAAUAGUAAAGAUCAGAAUCACAGGCCCCGCUGCUAGUGUCAUGACUGUGCGUGUAGCUGUUACACAGAAGUUGCGAGAAAAAAUACCUGCCAUAGCAGCUGUUCAGCUUUUAUGAUACUUUAUUUCGAAAGAAUAGAACUAUCAUGGCAUUCUUGUAAUUUUUCAUGUACAACACUAAUUGAAAUAAAGUGUUACAUGUUAUGUAUAGUUAUAAUAUAUGCUGUCAAAUGAUUCUUUUUAUUUUUUAUGAAAAUCGUCAGUCAAGCUUUU